GCCAAAAACUCUUUGGGUAUCGUUUUAAUUUUAUUGGAAGAUUAUCGAGAAAAACCACUGUGGAUGAACUACAGCUCCCAUUGGUCAAUUUCUUGCUCUGACUUCAUAAGUCACCACUGUUAUGAAAGUCAUAUUACACAGUCCCUGGCUGGGCUGUGACUGGUCCAUUUCUUGCUCUGCUCUCACAAGGCGCCAUUAUGUGAGGUGAACCCCCAAAAAGUAUAUAUAGCUGCUACGGGGGCCUAGAUUUUUGUCCGCCUUACCCAGAGAGCACUCUUUUGUGAUCUGUGUAACUAGGACCCAUCUAACCAGCCUUUGCGCUCAUUGGUGUUGCUUGUGCUUUUUCUUGGUUGUUUGUUUCUGGGUCUAUUUGGUUUUUGCUUUUUUCCAUUUUGUUUAGUUUGUUGUUUUCCUCCUCGUUGUUGUUUUGCCCAUUUGGUCUUUUUUUGCAGUUUUCUUUAUUUUUGCUUCCCCCACUCUAGUCAGCUAGCACACUCAGAAGUAUCAGCGUUCGAGGAUUUAGUGGCUUUUCCUCUUUGUUUUUUCUGCAUUAUUGAGAUAGGCUUGCGGCAUCGCCGCUAGAGUAGUGAGAGUAGCUGGUGCUGUGUCUUAGUCAGCUGGGUAGUCAGUCCCCCGUGGUCCCUUUGUGUUGUAGGCAGUGCAGUGAGGAUCGGUGAUUAGCUAGUGUGUGUCGAGUGAUUUAGGGAGUCGAGAGAGCGUAGUUAGGUGACCGGCAUCAUGGAAGACCCCUUGGACUUCCAUCCUCCUCUGGAUGGGAUCCGUUUUGUGGACGUAAUCGGCCGGGGCGGCUUUGGCCUGGUGAAGCUGGCCCGGCACCUGGCGUCGGGCAAGUACGUGGCAGUGAAGAUCCUCCUGCGAGACUGCUCUCCCAGCAGCCCGCUGUCCGCGCAGGGGAGGCAGCCAUCCUGAGGAGCCUGCGGCACGACAACAUCGUGCGGCUGCUGGAGGAGCGGCACACGAGGACGCACCGGUUCCUGGUCAUGGAGCUGGCGACCAAGGGCUCGCUCCAGAGCUACGUGUUUGAGCAGGGCGGCCUGGCCGAGGCCGAGGCCAGGACCCUGUUCGGCCAGGCGCUGGCCGCCGUGAGCUACUGCCAUGCCCAGCGCGUGGUGCACCGGGACCUCAAGCUGGGCAACCUGCUGCUGGACGAGCACAUGACCAUCAAGCUGGCGGACUUCGGCCUGAGCCUGCGGCUGGAGCAGGGCACACUGGCCAGCCACAGCAGGAGAGGAGCCCUGCUCCCAGCACCACCCCCAACUCCUCCCAGGCCUCCAGCCAGCCACAGCAGGAGAGGAGCCCUGCUCCCAGCGCCGCCCCCAACUCCUCCCAGGCCUCCAGCCAGCCACAGCAAGAGUGGAGCCCUGUUCCCAGCGCCGCCCCUGAGCCAGCCUCCGAAGCGUCGCCCUCCAGCCCCAGUGCCGGGAGCCACGUGGACCUUGCAGAGCCAGAAGCCGCCGCCGCCACAGCCCGUGAGCCCAAGGAUGCUGACACCACAGACACCAAGGCCAGCGCCCAGGGCAAGAGGCAGGGCCGUCGCGGGGUCGGCAGGAGGAUCCUCCGGUUCCUGCUGAGGGCGUGCUGCAUCCUGCCAUCCCAAGUGAGCAGCCCUGGCAGCUGCUGCAGAGUGGUUCCCAAGUAGCCUCGCCCCGCCCCCGUCUCCAGGAGCUAUCCGCUGAGCUGACUGAACUUUUCUUGAGCAUUUGCACAUGCUUCUCAUGAAUAAAAUUCACCAUGUGUGCAUGGCUUUGGUCCCGUGUGAUGUUUGGUCCCUGUGUGCACCCUGGGCAGGUGAUGGAGGUGACGGGUGGGUGGCUCUCACAGAAAGACAAACGCUGGGCCAUCUCCCCUGUGUGGG